AUGGCCACCACCGCCCACUACUGGCGUCAUCUGCACAUGAACAAGCGCCCACGAGGUCGAUGCGACAAUGCAGCACAUCUGUGCUGCAUUGUCUCACUGCCAUGUCGCUGGCAGCGACGUGGCAAUGAGGGUUCAUUGCUCUGGGUUAUUCUGUGUGCCAUGUCGCCAGACGAUGAACGUGACUGCCCACCACCCACCUUGGCGAUCGAUGACCACCACCACUCACCAAGAUCUGGCGAUGACUGUGAUGGACCCCCCCUGCCUACCACAACCGACAACUCCCUCCAAGGUGCCACGCCGCUGUCAGCGACGUGGCAACCAAAUAACGAAUGA